AUGCAUCAAUGCAAAGUUGCAUUGGAGAGAAAGGGUGACUACGGUCUUCCUGAAAUACGGGGGUUAGGAGGUCACAAAGGCGGAUUGGGAGCAGCCGGUUCCAAAACGUCGUUAUUGCAGGAAGACAUCGGAUCAUCUGGCCCUGCUAGACCUUCUGUGCUCAGUACAGCAUGCUCCAAGUUCUUGCUUUUAGUUUGUGCUCUAUUUCAGCAAGCUGCUAGCAACAGCGACAAGACAGGAGAUGGUGCAAUGCAAAGUUGCAUUGGAGAGAAAGGCGAAAAGGGUGACUACGGCCUUCCAGGAGUACGGGGGUUAAGAGGUCACAAAGGCGGAUUGGGACCAGCCGGUCCCAAGGAAGACAUCGGAGCAUCUGGUCCUGCUGGACUUCCUGGUGCUCAGGGUUCAACAGGUUCUGUUGGCCCAUCUGGACCAAAAGGAUCAAGCGGUGUUAAGGGACAAAAAGGAAGUAUGGGGCCGAGAGGUAUUGAAGGAGCUGAUGGAGAUCCUGGGGCAGCCGGUCACCCGGGACCAGUUGGCCCAAGAGGCUCAAAAGGAGAAAAGGGACUGAAAGGGGUACCAGGUAUAACAGGACCAAGAGGUCCACAAGGCAUUCCCGGAGAACCAAUAGACCAGGAGACGCUUGAAAAGUACUUUAGUCCUGUGAAGGCGCUACAGACAGAGGUAUCUAACAUGAAACUCACUUUGCAGUCUUUGGCAAGUAACGAUCAACCUGCUGCUUAUUUACACGGGAAUAGUAAUCAUGGCACAAAAAGUGGUGGCAGCAUUAUUACGGACUGGUAUACUGGUAGCGGUCAGUGGUAUUCUCCUAUUCUGAGAGGUGGAAUGACAUACAGUAACGGAUACAUUACCGUGCCGAAAGAUGGACUUUACUAUAUCUACGGAAAGAUAAGGUUUGAUCCAAAGUCGGGACAAACGACUUCUGGAUUCUACAUCUACUUGAACAGUCAAUAUGUUGAUCGUACACUCCAGUACGUUGCAUCACCUAAUGGUGGUCAAGAUUACACUCAUUAUUCCGGUCUUCUAAAAAUGGUCAGCAAAGGAGACAGGAUCUAUAUGAAGUUUACCUAUACUGUCUACGCUUAUAUGCAUCCGUAUUACGCUCAGUUUGGAGCCUUUCGUGUUGCUUAGACGGUGCAAUAUCUUCUGCACUAACGUGAACUAAUUGUUGUUUCAUUGUCAAAUGAUUGCAGUUUGUGUACUUUAUGCAUAUCUUCUUGGAUUUUGUCUAGAGUAAACGUUUACUGAAAUCACUUAAUUGAUUAAUUGCUUCUCUGCGCGAG